AUGCCUUUGCCUGACAUCGCGCCCGCUUUCGGGGAGCCCCGCGCGUCCCGCGCACCCCGCGCGCCCCGCGGGAACCCUCCGUGCGCCCAGGGCGCGCCGCCCACGACUUCCAAGGCCAGAGCCGCGGCCGCGAAGCGCUCGGCGCCGAAGAAGAAGAAUUGCGUCCCGACGGCAUCCGGGGAGCCCUCGGCCACCCCCGAAUCCACCGGGGCAGGAGCAGCCGCGUGCGAUCGCGCCCGGGCGUCGGGGACCCGGCGGAGGGGCCGCGCUCCGGGCCCCGAGGAUGAGCCGUCGGGGAGCGCGCGGGCCGCCCGCGCCCCCGAAACUCCCGCGCGCGCCGGGGACGCCCAGAUCGACGGGCUGGCCCGGCCCGUCGAGGCCCCCGAGCCGUCCGAGUCCCGGCCGCGAGCUCGCCGCUCGGUGCGGGAAUCGAGAGCCCCCGCGGGCCCCGCCGACGGCCCCGGGCCCGGCCCAGGUCCCCGCGGCUGGAAGGCGCGCGCCGUGCUGGACCUGCUGCGUCUGCGGAGCGUGCAGGUGUCGGAGGCGGCGGGCGCCGUGAACAAGGUGGUGGAGCGCGUGCUGCGGGGACUGCGGGGCCGCGAGUCGCCUUUCAAGGGGGUCGAGCUGCUCAACGCCGGGAGCUACUACGAGCACGUGAAGGUUUCUGUUCCUAACGAAUUUGAUAUUAUGUUCAAACUGGAGGUCCCCAGAAUUGAACUUAUAAAAUAUGAAAAGAAUGCUGCUUUUUGCUUUGUGAAGUUCAAGAGGAAUCCCAAAGGAAAUCCCCUGAAUGUCUUUUUGGAAGAUGACUAUUUAUCAGCUUCUAAGAUGCUAUCCAAAUUUCGGGAAAUCAUUAAAGAAGAAAUUUUAAAAAUCGAUGAUGUCACUAUGGAAGAGGAGAAAAUCGGGAGCCCUGCUGUAACACUUAUUUUGAAAUCUCAAAAAAUAUCUGUGGAUAUAAUCCUGGCACUGGAAUUAAAAAGCAGCUGGCCUGAAAGCACCAAGGAAGGCCUACCAAUUCAUCAAUGGCUGGGGCGAAAAGUUCGGACAGAUCUCAGAAAAGAUCCGUAUUACCUGGUGGCCAAGCCUGCAAAGGAGGGAGAUCAUUAUCAAGAGAAAACAUGGCGGCUGUCCUUCUCUAACAUUGAAAAGAAAAUAUUGAACAAUCAUGGGGAGGCGAAGACCUGCUGUGAAAAGGAAGGAGAGAAAUGUUGCAGGAAAGAUUGUUUAAAAUUAAUGAAAUACCUCCUGGAACAAUUGAAAAGGAAUUACGAAGGCCACGAGGAAAUGGAGAACUUCUGUUCUUACCACAUGAAAACGGCCUUCUUCCACAUGUGCUCAACGUCCCCCUUCGACAAUCAGUGGAAAGUCAGCAACGUGGAACUCUGCUUUGAGAACUUUGUGAAGCACUUUCUUCAGUGCCUCAAGACAAAUCAGCUUCCCCAUUAUUUUAUUCCUGACUUCAAUCUCUUCUCUGAAGAACUCAUCAACAAAGAAAGUCGAGACUUUCUUCACAAGAUGAUUGAACAAGAAAUAAGCAAUGGAUUUCCAAUUUUUAAACAAAAUUUUGAAAGGAAUCCAGAAGUGGAAUAG